AUGAAGUACGAUAGUCUAAAGACCACUUCUUUUACAUUUCUCCUUUGCCUUAACUCUCCAGUCUCGCAACAGACUUUUUCUCUUCUAAGAUCAGCCCAGUGUAAAUGGAGCCAGGGACCAGGAGAGGGAGACCCUGGGUUUGGCUCUUCCAUCAUAGAAGGCCCCAGCAAUUUAACAGCACUUGUUGGUACAGAGGCACAUUUUCACUGUACAGUGUCAGAGGGCUGGCAAAUUUUGAUAUGGCUUUUUGAAGAACAGCCUAUACUGUCUGUUACUUAUCCUGGAAAGGUAAUAAUAACAGAUAAGAGCUACAGUCAACAAGGGUACAACAAAAGUACCGAGUUUACCUCAGAGCUGACAAUAUACAAUGUUCAGCUGAAUAAUUCUGGAAGAAUUGAAUGCAGCAUCCAGAUACUGGGUGGCAAUCAGUAUGCAUUUCUUUCUGUUCAAGUUAAUGGAUCUUUGAAUAUCAAAGAUCACAACUUGACAGUAAGAGAGAACCAAACAAUUGAAAUAGUUUGUGAAGCUGUUGGAUGGGAUCCUGCUCCACACAUUACCUGGAUGUUAAAUAAUAUUACACUAGAUAAUUCAAAUUAUAUUACCAACUGGAGUCAAGGAUCUAAUGGCUUGUACAAUGAAGAGAGCAUCUUGACCCUCAUCCCACUGACCAAUUCCUCUGUGAUUUGCUUAGCUACUAUACUUGCGCUCUCUAAACCUCAAUCUGCAACUGUGGCUCUUCUUGUGUAUCCUCCUCCAAAGAGAAUAGGCCUUUCCAAAACAGAUACUGAAUUAAGACUGAUGUGGAUUCAGGUUGUUAGAGAGGGAAUUUGGCUUCAUAUAUGCAGAAAUGACUGUUUACAGGAACUUCAGCUUGAACAAGAACUUGAGGCUGAAUUCAUUUUUGGUGAUAACAGGACAAAUAAAAAGAAGAAAGAUGGCUUGGGUUAA